CAACGCAACUUCCUGUGAGGUUUCCAAUGGAUUUAACAAUUAUCUUACACCAUUCUAUAAAAGUGUAAAACAUUGUUCGUUUAUUUCUCAUUGGAUCACUAAGUGUACAUUCAGUUCAAAUUCAAAGCUCAGCACAAACCCACACUAUUGGGCGUUUCAAUUUUUGAGGUUGGAAAGGACCCUCUGUGACUAUGGAUUCUAUUGGGACCCAACUCAUUUCUCCAACAAGAAUUCGUUCCGAUCUCUAUUCUUUUGACAGUGCAGAACAAUCAUGUCCCUGCGUGCUCUCUGUUUUAUCAUCUCUUCUGGAGAGAGUUGUGAGCAGGAAUGAUAGAUUGGCUGUGUCAAACAACAUCACUUUCAGCCCACCUAAGUACGAUGUGUUCAAUGGAUUGGAGGUCCCAGAUAUUAGCAUACAACACUAUUUGGAGAGGAUUUUCAGAUACAUUCGCUGCAGUCCUUCGGUAUUUGUGGUGGCAUAUGCUUACAUCGACCGUCUUAUUCAAUUCCAUCCACAAUUCAAGAUUAACUCUCAGAAUGUCCAUCGACUCAUCAUUGUCACUGUCAUGAUCGCCUCCAAGUUCGUCGAAGACAUUAACUACAAGAACUCGUACUAUGCCACAGUUGGAGGGUUCAGCAGGGAAGAAAUAAAUAGAUUAGAGAUGGAGUUUCUUUUUCUUCUUGGUUUCAAAUUGCAAGUGACAGUAAAUGUUUUCGAAAGGUAUUGCUGUCACCUGGAGAGGGAGGUUGCAAUGGGCGGAGGAUUCCAAAUCGAGAGGAGUCUUCGGCUAUCUUGUGCAAAAGAUGAAACUUGUGGCCCGAAUUCAAAAUCCCGCAUGGCUGUCUAUGGCUUAUCAUCUUAUAGUCAUAUAAAGAAUAGAAGAGUUUAAACAGUCGUAUGCAGAACAUCUUUAUGUGAGUCUGUAAAACUUUCUACUUACAAUGCAGGUAAGUCCAGUGCAGGAGACCAGCAAUUGUAAAUAUGUAAAUUACUUAUGAAAAAAAUCUGUAUUUCUGCUUAAAAUCCCCAUUUAAUAACCUAGACUUGGGUAUCCAUAUUUCACUCAGGAUUGAAGCAAUUCGCCAUGUAAAUACUAGUCCCUGUGUAAAGUAGUACAGCGAGAUCCAAAUGUAUCUGUAAAAGAAAUGCUGAAUUUGCCUUUUCCUAAAGAGCUA